CGGGAAGAAGUAAAAUAUUUUUUCUUGAUUUUUCUUUUCAUGAGCGUUGUUUUACAGACACACAAUGAGAGCUAAGAUUGUUUCGGAAGCUAAUAAUUUCAACAAGUUCUUGAAGUCUUGUCAAGAUGACAAUAAAGAUUCCUGGGUUUAUCAGGAGUAUAUAAAAAUAUUAAAGCGUAACAAUGAACCUCUUCUUAGCAUGAUUGAAGAAAACCAACCUGCCUUCAUCUGUGAGAAAAUGCCUCCACCUGUUUAUGAAUCUGAGGAUACAGAAAGCACAGGAAGCAUAAAUGAAAUUAGUCUUAGUGAAGAAACACCUGUUAAACCUCAAGAGAAUCUCAUCAUUGGUCCUCUUCCACUCAGUGUCAGCAGAGCGAGAGAAAUAUUGUCCUGGUACGCCAUGUCUCAGAAUCCAAACAUGUCCCAGGUGGACGCUCAGGUCCUGCAUCCUCUCUGGGUUCGUUGUGACAUGCAGGACCCUGCGAACACAUCCUGGCUGGGCGCACAGACCGUUUACACUGGCAACAAGGCCACAGCAGUUAAACUGUACACGGCCAGCUGCCAAGGAUCAUCAGUGGAUGAGGCCUCGUUUAUCACAAUGGAUCAACUGAAACAAGAACACCAGAAUAGACACCAUUCCUCAGCGGUGUUGACAAAAGGAUGGGCCACAUACAAUCUUUUUUGCUCAGUGAUGGAAGAGAGUUUGCUUAUUGAUUCUGAGAGCAACAUAACAGCUAAUUUCAGCUGGAACAAUGUCGAGAGGAUGUUGGAAACACCACCCCUGUCAUCUACAGUUACACUGCAUAUCAAGGUGGCAGCUGGAGACAUCAGGAGUCUUAUGUAUCAGACCUACAGAGAGCUGGAAUUCCUUCUGAAUUUGGCUGAAGGCUUAAGGACAGGGGAGAUAGAAUGGUUGGAGCCACUGGAGACACAGUCUGCUGUGGACCUAACCCGAGCACUUAUUGAAGAGCUGGAGAAUGUUGCAAAUGCAGUCCCGGGCCAGAAUGUUAAAGGAUCUGAGAACCAGAAGAGCAAAAGUGACUCUCUAGUGGGAUUAGGCUGUAUGUUAAUAGAGAGAGGAGACCUGGACUUCACUGAGCAACUUUGGGAUAAACUAAGAAGAAGUGUGACCUCAUAUCAGGACAUAACCGACUCCUUGAAAUUGGUCAUCAAAGCUGUGCGGUUUGGGCAGAUUAAACCUUGGGUCCACAGGGACAGCAGUAGCUCUCUGAGUAAACUCAUAGUGCAGUCGUACCAGCAGCAGGUGGACACGGUGCCUCUCACAGGCCUCACUCCGGCCAUCAUGCUGCUGGAGCUUGGCCUGGACAAGAUGAGGAAAGACUACAUCAACUACCUUGUUGGAAACGAGCUGACAACUCUCAACCAUCUGAGUUACUAUAUCUCCAGUGAGGUGGAUCUACAAGAGCAGGUGAUCAGACUGAGGAAACUGCACCACCUUCUGGAGGUCCUGGCAACCUGCAGCAGCUUUCUCAGCUUGCCACAUGAGCGUCUCUUCUUCUUCACUCAGUCAUGUUUGCAGUACUACAAAACAGCACCUUAUAACGAAGAGCAUGUGUUUCAAAUGCAAAUCAAACCUGCACUGAUCAGUCACUUCUAUCAUACAGAGCAGCCCGCUUCAUGGGGAGUGGAGGUAUCUAGUGGGCAGGGGUCACGAGAGGUGAAGACUUCCUGGCAUCUCAGUGAUAAACCUCUAGUGGAUCAUUUCAACUUUGAUUCAGAUGUGCCACUGGAGGGCUCAAUGAAUGGAGAGAGUGAAAAGACUGCAUACUUCAGAACAAUGGUGUGCUGCAGUCUGGCCAACUUCAGUUAGCAGAUAAAUUGUGAUGGAUUAUGGCUAUCAUGUGGGCUUUAGAAAAACGGAUUGUUUUGUAGAUGCACUAACCUGCAGCCAGGAGCUGGUUACUAGAUGAACACAUCUCUACAGCCUUUCUCUUCCAGUUUUCAACCUGCCAAUGGCCAUAUGAAUCACACAUUUUAUUAGUAUCAGUGUGUCUCUCUUCACCAGUUUGUCAAAUUUUACAUUAGAGAUUCAAAAAUCAUUACUGGUAAAAAUACAGAUAAAAACUACAUCUGUUAGUCUUUGUAUAUAUUUUUGUGUCUUAUUAUACAUGUAAGUAUAAAUAACUCAGUAUAUUUGUAAUAAAUG